AUGAGUUGGUUGGAAUGGUUUGGCGGCACACUUGUAAAUCUUUCGAAGUACUUCGCGUGGCCACUCUUUCAGUCGGUGAACCAUGCACUGACCGAUGUGUUCCUUGUUUUAAUGACAUCAUACAAGAUGAUUGUCUCUAAAUUUUUUCAAAGAAAGGAUAUGGCAACUAUUAAGUAUGACCUGCCCAGAAUGGGAACGUCGGAUGGUUUUGACGCCGAAGAGGAUGUAACGAAUGAACCAGCAGCAGUUGAUCAUUCAGCUGCAGACGACAGCCUUAACUCUGUAAACGACCGCGAAGAAACAUCUUAUGAAAGUUGUGUUUUGGAAAUGACACCUUGUGAACAAAACGAAAAUAUGUGCGAGAGAUUAUAUUUCCAAAUCUUACUCCUGGGUGAUGCUGGUGUCGGGAAAACUUCAUUCAUACAAAGAUACUGCGACAAAUGCAUGUCCAUGAAGUUGAAAUCAAUGCAACUGGACAAUCAAUUAAUCACUUUUCUUAUGUGGGACCACGCUUCUCAGGAAAGUUUGAUAGAACACAACAACAACAACACAAGUAACACGAUAGGCACAAUAGACAGACGACCACUACUACAAUUUUACAGAUUUCGAAACGUUAACAACGAAUAUUUGAGGAAGGUCGAUUGCGUCAUCAUCAUGUUUGACGUCACAAGUGGCAAGUCCUUUGAAAGUGUUGAACGAUGGCUGGAAGUUUUAAAGGAAUUUUUCGCACAAACAACAAAAAUUUAA